UUUUGCACAGAGAAACAGAGGUACUGGCAUACUCAGCUAGCUAUUAAAACAGCGAUUUACAUAGUCUUCGCCGCACGACAUGAUUUAGGUCUGAGCCAAGCAGUCAUAUGUGCAUCGUACUGGGAGGAAGUGAAUGGAGAAUUGAGGUAUAUGAGAGAUAGUGCCAGCCGAGACAUUGAAAACACAACUGCACUGAUGAACGGAGAAGGUACUGUAAUGGUAGCUUUGGUUUAUCGCGAUUACAUCUUUCAUAGCUUGGGCAUCUGCCAAAUGAGAGCAAACCCUGUUCUGGAAUAUUACACCGAGAGGGAAUAUACUGGCGCUUUGAAAACAGCUGCCAUCAUGCAUAAUAUGCUGAAUUAGUUAGUAAAACGAAAGACAAAAAA